AUGAUGACCGGCCUCUCCGGCAGACAACUUGUGAUCGUGAUCAUCAUGGUCGAGCUCGCCAGCGCGAUGAUGGUCUUCGGCCUCCUCGCCUCGCAGGGACGAAUCGGGCUCGGCAUCGGGCUCGCGCUGACGAUCCUGGUCAUCCCGCUCGUGCUCAUCCCGCUCACCCUCUACGGCCUCGGCACGCUCGUCGGCUGGCGGAGCGCCGCGGCGCUCUACCCCGAGACGCCCGACGCCCCGACGCCGAAGUCCCGGCGCGUCUGCUCGAUGGCCGUCCGCUGGCCCUUCAUGGGGUUCAACAACGUCAUCCUCAGCGCGACGGACGAGUCGCACCUGCACCUCCGCUUCGUGGACGUCUUCAGCUUCGGCACCCCCCCGCUCUCGAUCCCGUGGGCCGCGGUGACGGAGAUCACCCCCUCGGCCCUGGGCCGCGCGAAGCUGACGAUCAUCGACGCGCCGCCGAUGUGGGUGCCGAAGGAGCUGGUGAAGGACGAGGUGGCGCUUCGGAAAGAGAUGACGGCCGAGCCAUAG